UGCAGUUGGACUUAUACUGUAUGCUGAAAUGAUAAGUUCAGAACAUAUGGAUUGUUUUUAAAUUCAAAAAGAAAGAAGACUUUCUUUUGGUUAUCAUAAUACCAGAGCACAGCACUGUUAUUGGUGUCCUGCAGUUACCAAAAUGAUAAACCACUGGGUGCUUCUCUCAGCCUAUAUUAUAACCUUUUUAAUUGGCCUACCAGCCAAUAUCCUGGCUGUUUAUGCCUUCAUCAGAAAGCUUUGCAAAAAACCCACACCCACGGAUGUCCUCUUGCUGAACCUCACUCUCUCGGAUCUGCUCUUCUUGUUUUUCCUUCCACUGAAGAUGUAUGAGGCUGCAUCAGGCAUGAAGUGGCAUCUUUCUCAGACCCUUUGUUCCAUCAUGUCAUUUGUCUUUUUCACCACCAUCUACACCAGUUCUCUGUUGCUAAUGGCUGUUAGCAUUGACCGUUACUUGGGUGUGGCCUUCCCAGUCACCUACAUGAAGUUCCGCAAGCUUAUCUACGCAUUCGUCGGCAGUAUUUUUAUCUGGCUGUUCAGCGGAGCGCACUGCACACUUGUAUUUUUCGUUGUCCACAUAGGUGGGGAAAACAGAACUGAACCCAAGACCACUUGCUACGAGAACUUCACUGAUGAACAGAAAAGAAUUGUACUUCCCGUGCGCUUGGAAUUUUUUGUAGUACUUUGUUUGGUGCCUCUGAUUGUGUGCGUGUUCUGCUAUCUAAACUGCAUCUGGAUCCUUUACCACAGGCCCCGCAUAACAAAGGAGAAGAAGCAGAGGGCCAUUGGAAUGGCUCUGAGCACCUUGAGUGUCUUCUUGAUUUGCUUUAUGCCCUACAACUUCUCUCAUCUGGUGGGCUUCAACACCAACAACAGCCCAUCAUGGAGGUACUACACACUGCUCCUAAGCACCUUUAACACCUGCCUGGACCCCAUCAUCUUCUACUUCUCCUCAAAUGUGUAUCGCAACACCACCAAAAUUUCCCUUUGGAAAGUUUUUUCAUUUAGGCGCCGUCUAGGCUUGAACACUGCUCCCAAUUUAAGCGUUGAGGUAGAUUCUAAUUCUGACAAAGAAUUUGAAUGUCACACUAGUCACAACAGAAAAUAAAGAGAUACUACAGGUUCGGGUAGUAAUUGUGCACCUCAGACAUUGAGCUUGAAUUAAUUGUUGUGAGUAAAUUCAUAUGCCAUGAGUUUCAUGAUUUGACUUUCUGACAUUAUUAUGCAUUUAGACCUUUUUUCUGUUUUAUAUGCAACAUUUCUUGAAACCUUGUGCUAUUUCUAUGGGACCUUGAAAUCUUGUAAUAAUUUUAGUAUAUAGUAUUUUAGUACAUAGUUUCUUUAGUUACUAUUUACGUACAUAUACUGUAGAAGCUCCACAUAAUCAGAUUUUUUUUUAAACAUGCACCUUUUGUUUUCCGUGAAGUCUGUCGUCAUCCAGAUGUUGAAAGAUGUUUUAUUUGUUUUGUUUUUUUAUAUAUAUGUUUUUUAAGUCUUCAGGAUCAGAGCUUUGUAACAGUCAGUUUCCUGACCACAUUUUCAGGGACAAAAAAGCUUUUCUCACCCAUCUUUCUUUGUAUUGAUAUGUUCUCUAAAAGCUCCUGUAAGCAGCCAAUGUAUUUUCUUUCACUGGUAUGCAAAUAUUUGAUAAUGUCUGCAAUAUGGAAAGUUUACUAUGCAUUAUUUAAGAAGAAAUCAUAAUAAUAAUUCACAAAGUGUUGAUUUAAGCUCAAAUAAACAGACAAACAUGGUCUAAUCA